AACCGGAGUGUAACCGAAACUAAUCAAACAAGAGAGAAAGCCACGUAAGGUUGUCUCUAAUGACAAUCAACCAAAACGGAUAACCAAAGAAGCAGAGUUAGAGAGAGAGACGACGAUGAGAGCUCUGACAUGGACAGGAUUAUCUCCGCCGCCGCUGCCGGCUAUGGUGGCGCGAAUGACGACGACUUCGAAGAUGGUUGCCUUACGACGGAUGAACCUCCGAAAAGAUCGUGUCUGUGUUAGAGCCACGGCGGUUUCAAGCGGAGGAGGAGUAGUGGAAGCGGUGGAGUUGGCUGAGAUAGGAGAGAAGAGUAAGAAGUGGAAGUGGAAGGGAGAAUACUCAAUCAAUUACUUUGUCAAGAGUUCGCCGGAGGAAGUAACUCCGGCUAGUCAGACUGUUCUCUUAGUUCAUGGCUUUGGCGCCUCUAUUCCUCACUGGCGAAGGAAUAUAAAUGCUCUGUCCAAACACCAUACAGUGUAUGCCAUAGAUCUUCUUGGGUUUGGUGCUUCAGAGAAGCCGCCUGGUUUUAGCUACACUAUGGAGUCAUGGGCUGAAUUGAUACUCAACUUCUUGGAGGAAGUGGUUCAGAAACCGACAGUUUUGAUUGGAAACUCUGUUGGAAGCCUUGCUUGCGUUAUAGCUGCUUCAGAAUCGCAGCGAGAUCUGGUUAGAGGUCUGGUUCUGUUGAAUUGCGCUGGUGGUAUGAACAACAAAGCGGUGUUUGACGACUGGAGAAUCAAGCUGCUGAUGCCAUUGCUCUUGCUUAUCGACUUCUUACUCAAGCAAAGAGGAAUUGCUUCUGCACUCUUCAACCGCGUUAAAGACAGGGAGAAUCUCAAGAACAUUUUGACAAAUGUAUAUGGCAACAAAGACAAUGUAGAUGAUACCCUUGUAGAGAUUAUCGCUGGACCAGCAAACAGCGAAGGUGCGCUAGAUGCAUUUGUUUCCAUACUAACGGGUCCACCUGGUCCAAACCCGAUUUCGCUGAUUCCUGAAAUAACCAAACCGGUUCUUGUGUUAUGGGGAGACCAAGAUGGAUUAACUCCUCUCGACGGUCCUGUAGGUAAAUACUUCACGUCCCUUCCGGGUCAGUUACCUAACUUCAACCUAUAUGUUCUAGAAGGUGUUGGACAUUGCCCACAAGAUGAUCGUCCGGAUCUUGUCCAUGAGCGUCUCCUUCCAUGGCUGGCUCAGCUUUCUUCCACAUAAUCUCAGUUACGUGUAUGGUGUUUAGAAAUGUAUAACAUGUUUGAUUGUUGCGUCUAUGCACUAGAUAGCCAAAUUCUACCAUUUUUGUAUAUAAAAAUGGUAAUAACAUCAUAUAUCGAAUGUAUAUCGUAUAAAAAUGGGUUCAUUUAUUGAAUGUGUGCUUUUUUCUCA